AAAAAAAAAAAAAACAAAACCUCUUUCUGCCGCCAUCUUGAUUCCGCCUUCCCUGCACAAAAUGCCCGGCGAAGCCACAGAAACCGUCCCUGCUACAGAGCAGGAGUUGCCGCAGCCCCAGGCUGAGACAGGAUCUGGAACAGAAUCUGACAGUGAUGAAUCGGUACCAGAGCUUGAAGAACAGGACUCCACCCAGGCAACCACACAGCAAGCCCAGCUGGCGGCAGCAGCUGAGAUAGAUGAAGAACCCGUCAGUAAAGCAAAACAGAGUCGAAGUGAAAAGAAGGCACGGAAGGCUAUGUCCAAACUGGGUCUUCGACAGGUUACAGGAGUUACUAGAGUCACUAUCCGGAAAUCUAAGAAUAUCUUCUUUGUCAUCACAAAACCAGAUGUCUACAAGAGCCCUGCUUCGGAUACCUACAUAGUGUUUGGGGAAGCCAAGAUCGAAGAUUUAUCUCAGCAAGCACAACUAGCAGCUGCUGAGAAAUUCAAAGUUCAAGGUGAAGCUGUCUCAAACAUUCAAGAAAACACACAGACUCCAACUGUACAAGAGGAGAGUGAAGAGGAAGAGGUCGAUGAAACAGGUGUAGAAGUUAAAGACAUAGAAUUGGUCAUGUCACAAGCAAAUGUGUCGAGAGCAAAGGCAGUCUGAGCCCUGAAGAACAACAGUAAUGAUAUUGUAAAUGCUAUUAUGGAAUUAACAAUGUAACCAUCUGAAAGCAACUUUUUUUGGUGUCUCAAAGGAGUAACUGCAGCUUGGUUUGAAAUUUGUACUGUUUCUAUCAUAAAUAAAGUUAUGGCUUCUUGUUGGAUGAAAAAAAAAAAAAAA